UGCUCGGCAAAACAAGCCCCCAAGUCACCGAAGGUCACCGCGAGUGAUGCACGCGCUUGUCUUUGCAUGAGGCUGCGCUGACCGUUUUAGAGUCAAAUUCCUGUGGAGAAAAGCACGGACCUACCCCACCGGGUUCCUCUGGAUCUUCCACUUUUCUUUCUCUUUUUUCUUGAGAGUUUGGCUGCGCUUCGCCGCGUUCCUCGUCUCUUUCCGUUCCAAUCUUUUCCGUCUCCUGGUUGCAGAAGCCACUGAGAGGGUCGCCGCGCUUGCUGAGCUGCGCCGCUUUUCUCUUUCUCUCUUUCUCCCUGUCCGUCUGUGAUCUUCUUUUUCUUUCUCUUCUUCUGCACAAAGGCGCUGUCUCGUUCAAUGUGUAUGCGGUGCAAUGGUUGUCGGAUUGGGGACCCAAAGUGAGGGAACAAGGAAAAGUGACGGCACGUCUCGUAUGUAGAGGCGCGCUUCUGACAGAGGUUGGGCGACGAGAAAGCAGGGGGCGUCUGAUAAAUCCGCGUCCAUCAUGUCUCUCGCCCUCUUCGCGGUUCCUCCUCCUGCCGCUGUCUUUUCUCUUCUCAUGCCUCCUUUCUCGGCGUCGUUUUCUUUGUAGGGUUCCACGCCUCACCCCUCGCCGCCUCGCACAAUAGCCUCUCAGCGAAAAAGCCAAGGCAAAAUCAGUUGAAAAGAAACAGUCCAGAACGAAGAGGGGACGCGUUCAGCAGCGCGAUUUGUUUCCUCGGUACUUGUGGAGAGCCCUGCUGUCUCUUUUUUGUGGUGAAAGAAGGGUGUCUGUUCUCGCGAAUUUACUACCGUACACACCUCAACUCAAAACGUCUCCUGGCUGCGAUUGACGUUUUCGUACAUCUUCUCAUGUUUCCUUCGCUUCUCUUUAUUUUUCUGGUGUUUUUUUCCUGCCUCCUUUCUCGACUCUCCGUCGUCCUCUAUACUCUCUCACCUUUCUUCCUUUUGCUUGUCGCGUCUUCGCGAGCAGGUAACGGCGAGGCCAAAGAAGCGCACCACGACGAGUGGAACAAAGAGUAUUGUUGCUCAUCUUUGAAAGCCAAUCGUGUUUUCGUUCCGCCGUUCCUUCCUUUCCGCGUUUCGUCUUUCCUAUGGUCUACUCGGAGAGGAGCACACCCGUUUUCGACAGCACAGCCACAACGCCGGGCAUGCAACGCCGUCUGUUUCUACCCUAUCCAGCCGUGCAGCCCCUCCAGACGAGAAAGCGAGGAUGGAGGCAGUCUGCGCCAUCCACGAACUUUUCAGCAGCUGCAGGGGAGACAGCUGGCCUUUCGUCUCUGUGCAGGCAAUCAAACAGCUUGUGAAGCAUCAUCUGCGCCAGACGGCUGCUCUCGACGACGAAGAGCUCGAAAGUGUACUCAGAAAAGCCUUCCCGGAGUCGGAUAAGUGCCAUGGUGAAGUCGACUUCCUCAGCUUCUGGAAAGGCAUGGAGGCGCUCCUCGCGGCUCUGGGGUUGCAGCAAGCGACCGUGGCCGGAGACAUACGCCUGGAGUGCAUGCAGUUUUUUCGGGAUCGCGUCCUGAGCCUCGCUGAGGAGAAGCGCGGGAGGAGACAGGCCGCAGAGCGAGAGAAGAAGAAAAGCCGAUCAGGAGACAGCAAGAGGGCCGAGUUGUGUUUGCCUCUAGGCGCUGUUGUCCUGACCAAGCAGGAGAUUCUGGAGGUGGUAAGAGAGACAGGAAGACGACGGUUGGGGGGCAUAAGCGCAAGACGAAGGACAGGGUCUUUCGAGACAAAGUGGGGUAGUGGAGACCCGGAGACAGAGCUCUUUUGGGAGCAAGUCUACUCAGAUGCGUCUCGAAUAGACGACGGAGCCGGCGUCUCCGUCGUCGACCUCUCGGCCAUGGUUUUCGACUUCCUCCAUGCGUACGUGGAGCAGAGCCGCCACGAGGCGCGAGAAGAAGACCCGAGUGAACCAGAAGGAGAGAGAAGCGGGAGAUUCGACAGAUAUGCACGGACAGUUUCUGAAGACGAGAUGGAGAGGACAGAGAGUCGCAUCACGACCCUGUCGGCGCCCACAUCAGGCGAAGCGGAAGAGAGAGGACGAGACCGUGAAGAAGAGCGAGCAGGCGGAGGAGGGGGAGGAGGGGGAGAGGAGGGAGAAGACGAAGAGCCUGGUGAAGAAGACAUGACAAGCCGACGACGGGUGAGGCGCAAGCACUUGGGACGUGCAAACCGCGGUGGGCAUGUACUGGCAGAGAUGAGAGGGGGAAAGUUUGACGAGCAGAUCGAAGUGUCUAGAGGGGAGUCUGAAGAUGACCGAGACUAUGCCGAAAGUGGAGACGAAGGCGGAGAGAGUUUCCACGAGUCUUCUCAGGCGUUCGACGAAUAUCGGAGCUCCUCUGCAUCAGCAUCUUUCUCAGGACGAAAAUGGCGAGGAGAAGUGAAAAGGGAGGAUGUCGAUUUCUCUCGGGCGAGAACCUGGGGACAAGGCACUUCAUUCGCCUCGAGUGUGCGUCACUCCCGGACACAGUCUGCGCCUUCGUAUUCACUCGAGGCGAAUCACCGACCGUUUCUUCGUCCUGUUCCCGAAUCUCCUUCGCGUUCUCGUUCCUCUUCUGUCUGUGCUCCAGCCUCUUCGUCACCAUCUUUUCUGGGAUCUCGAGCGUCCGAAGCUUCUAACGCUGCUUCUCCCGCCUCUUACUCUCCCACCGCUUCUCCUCCCGCAUCUCCUGCUUCUCCUUGCUCUUCCUUCGCUUUUUCCCCUUCUUCCUCUUCUUUUUCUGCCUCUUCUUCCGCUUCGUUUUCUGCCUCGUCUUCCGCUUCGUUUUCUGCCUCUUCUUCCACUUCAUUUUCUGCCGUGGCGGGGAGAGGAGAAUCUCGACGGCGAGGACAGAAGAAUUUGGAGGGAGACACCGCGCUCGGACAGGUUUCGUCCGUGCUUUCGAGGUCGCAACAAGACAGCACAGACUCAGAGGCAGAACCGGGAGAAAAAACAGGGACUAACGAGUUUCACUCGCCUACUUUCGGCAGCGAGAAAUAUCUGAGCGGUGUGGAGGCGCGAGCAAGGCCAGAAUAUUCAGGAGAAAGGGGAGAGAAAACCGGUAGCGGUGUGGAGGAACAGAACAAUCACUCGGAGGAAACAGAUGCAAGAAGGCGAGAACACAAAAGCGUCAAACCCCAGACACCCUCACGCCUCAAUGCAUGCGAUCGAAACUUCUUCGACGCACCUCCCUGGGCGGAGGGAGAACAUGCUGAACAGGGAGAAGAAGCAAGAGACCGAGGAGACAGAGAAGCUGAAGAAGGACGAGAGGAGAUGGAGGCAGAAGCAGGGAAAGAGGAAGGAGAAGAAGAGAGAGAGGAAGGAGAAAAAGAGAGAGAGGAAGGAGAAGAAAGGAGAGAGGUAGGAGAAGAAGAGAGAGAGGAAGGAGAGAGAGCAGAAGAAAUGCGAGAGGCAGGAGAGGCCGAGGAGGCUGGCGGAAUAGAAAUGAACGAAGGUAGAAGUGACAUCGCUCAUGAUUUUCCACUUUCCCUUGGGCAUCCCCGGGAUGGCGAGGAAGAGAGUGGAGAGGAAAUGCACGGCAGCCCUCGGCGAGUACUUGCGUCGCAGUUGGGCGAGGCUCUUCUUCGGCUUCAAGAGACUUGUGCCGUGUCUCUCGGGAGAAGCAGGGAGACCGAGCCCGCAACUCAGUUGAAAAACUCACGGAAAUUCGUCGAGGCGGCGCUCGAGGCCUUCGACCGACUGCAGACACAGGCUGUACAGACGGAGGAGGAACUCAACACUGUGAAGAGAAGCGCAAGCCGCCUGCGUCGAGAGAAGUGCCAGCUCCUGGAGCGUCUUCGGCGCAUCGAGACGAAAGUUGACGACGCUGCAGAGGAUGCACCGGAAAUCGAGACACUGCGAGAGCGGCUGCUCUACUUCCAAGACCAAGUCGAAACGCAGAAGCGACAGCUGAGUGAGAAAGAAGAUCUUCUUCGAAAAGCGACGGAAGAAAGAGACAGUCUCCAAGAGAGAACCGCCUCGCUGCAAAGACAGUGUACAAAGAAAGUCGAGGAGACGACUCGCGACACACAACAGCGCCUCCAGCAACAAGAGGACGAGCUUCGAGCGCUCAAAGAAGAGAAAGCCGCCCUCGAAGAGGAGCUCUGGUGUACGGCGGAGCGUCUCCGCCUGUCGCAGGCAGCGAGUGUGGCGGCGGCAACGCCUCGACAAGAAGGUCGGAGAGUUUCGGACGCCUCUCAAGAUGGAGACAGCGCAUGCACCUUGCGGAUUCAGCUCCAGGAAUUGCAGGACUUACGACAAAGUAUGGAACUGGAGGUAGAGGCGAAAGACGCUCUCAUCCACAGGCUCCAGAGGCAAACUGAGGAGUUGCAGCAGAAGAUUCUGGACCUCGACGUGAAGCUCCGACAGGCUUCUGGGUUGGUGCUUCAGCUUCGUCGGGCGAGAGACGACUUGCUGAAUACACACGAGAAGUGGAGAAAAGACGCGACGCGACAGAGAGAAAAGCUGCUGAAUGCUUUUCAAGCCGCGGCCGCCUCUUCAGACACUCUGUUCUCGAACGCUCGCAGUUCAGCGACGUUAACGGAGGCCGUCGUGGCGUCUGCCGACGAGCGCAUGACUCUGUUGCAGAAAGACCAAGAAAUCUGCAGACUCCAAGACACACUGGCUGCGACCCAGGGACAUAUCCGACAACUCGAGCAAUUCAUCGAUGGAAUGCGGCGUGAGCGGCAGCCGUCUCGUCCCGCUUCGAAACUCGCUCUUUCUCCAGAUUUUUCUUUUCGGCCAAGAGCAGCUUCUCCCGCCUCUCUCGCCUCCUCUCUAAGAUCGGACUUGUCGCUCUCCAGUCUGAAUACUCUCUCUGGGGCUCCGCAGCGGCCUGCGGUGGUGGCUCGACGCGGGCCGGGACCGAGGGAGGGGGAUCGAGGGAAAGCGCGCGGAAACGGAGACGAGGAAGAACGAGAAAAUGGAGAAGAACAGAAAGAAGAAAACGAAGACGAGGAAGAACGAGAAAAUGGAGAAGAACAGAAAGCAGAAAACAAAGACGAGGAAGAACGAGAGUCUUCGCACGGGCGCGCUGCGAGCUUAAGUAAUGAACCAUCUCGGAGUUCCUCUACUCUCGAGCAGAGGAAGGAUGGCGAGGAGUGGGGAGACAAAGAUCAAAGAGGAGAAGAACGUAGGAGAGAAGAGACGAAAGAGACAGGGGACGGCGAGCACGGCCAGGGAUCGCUAGGAACUCUGGAGGUGACAAACGAGACAAUGCGAUCCGUGGCAGAUAGUGCGAACGAAAUUGAGGAGACAGAACAGAAGGAAGCAACGGACGUUGGCAGUCUUUGCAAGAGUGCAGUUGCUUCGGCGUCCUUGCGUCCUGCAACAGAGGGCAAACGCGAAACUUUCCAGACGGGCUUCGAAGCUGACGAGCUUGGAGACACUUUGCAGCCGAGUGUUUCUUCCAACAGCACCGCCACUUCGCGCUCCUUCCCGCUUUCUGUGGAGAAGAUAGGGAUAGUUGGCGAGGCUUCUCUGGUGUCUCCUUUCGCUGGCGAGGCGCCGGCGAGUGCGGGGUCUGCCGGAGCUCUCGGCAAGGAGACACAACCGCCAGCGGCGAUGCGACAGAGCCCAACUAGCGCGUCGGACGGCUUCACCAGAGAUAUCUCAACCAAAGACCUGCCCGGACAAUUGGACGAAGCAAGAGACACGGAAGAGACGAGACACGCACCAGAGAACAGUGGCGAAGGCGAAGGGGCUGGAGGAGAGAAGGAAGAGACAACAGGAGAUGCGGAAGGAGGAAUGGAGACACGCGUUUCAGAAGAAGGGCCGGUGGCCGUAAUUGCGUCGCCCGGUCGUCUUACGGGUGAAACGCUCCGAGCACUCGACAAAGAAGAAGGCGAAGAAAGAUUCGAGUUCAGGAAAAAACGAAAAUUGAAACUCAAAAGAGAUGAAUGGGACCUCUCUCAGUCAGGCUCCAACUCCAGCUACACGUCUUUCCUAGUGGACGUCAGUGUCGCUGGCUCGGAAGAUGAAGGUGUCGCUUCAUUGCGACGGCACGCUGUGCCUUUGUCUCCGGCUCUCUCGCGCCUGUCCAUAGAGACCCACGGAAGCGGCCCGCUGACGCAUCUGAAUCGCAGAGAGAGGGCGAAGCGAAGGGAGAAGAAGACCCCUCGCGCAAGCGACUUUGUCUCCGCUUCGACAGCCACGCUGCCGACGCAUCCACGUGAUGACAGCGGAAAGCCGAGCUCGCGAUCUGAUGUCACCAGCUCAGACAACGACGAACCAAAAGCAAGGAAAUCCAAGAAUGCCCUUUUCUCAGCCUUGGGCCUCUCUCGACACCCAGUCACGGGCUCGAGGGGACAGGAGAAGAGAGAAAAAGAGGGGAGAGAGAGGCUAGAGCCGGGGGGGGAAGACGGAGAAGGAGGCGGUUUGGGGCGCCGGAGCAAGUCACAAAGGAGGCUCGAGGGCUUGACUUCCCAGGCCAGUCUUAGGCGAGGGCACUUGACGCGGGACAGCCUCCGGUCGAGCGAGAACGAGGAAGAGAAAGAGAGACGACACGCUCAAGUCGGGCAACGAGAGGCGGAGGGAGCCAAUGCUCGACGAAUGCGGUGUGCAGCACCAGAUGCCGCGAGGAAAGUCAAAGACGUCCGGAAGAAACAGAAGGAUGGAGACGCUGAAGAUGACAGAGUCUCCAUUCGGUCAGUGCCUGCCGAAUGGCGAACACAGCGUCUCGACAGUCGUCGGUCCAGCGUGAAGAGCGCCGAGUUUGUGAGUUUCCGUGCGCAUCUCUCUUCUCCGAGUCUCCCGCGCCUCGCAUCUGGGAUGCCUCCUCUGUCUGCUGGUGGAUCUCUUCCACCUCACCUUUCUUCUGCGGCUUCUAGCCACGGCGUUUCUGGUGGCCCUGGCGAAAGAAGGACCCUCGGGCUGCCUCGAGCCUACGCUCCGCUGUCUUCUUUCCGUAGUGAAGGCGCAGAGAAGAGAGAAGCGGAGGAGUCUCAAGCGUCUGCGCCUUCUCAGAAACGCCUGUCGCGUCUCUCAAGCAAAAUGUCAGACUUUUUUCAGGACACUCAAAGAGCCAAUUCCGCAGAGCUUUCACACGUUCCCACAUUCGCCUCGAGAUCUUUGUCUAGGGACUUUCUAGGCGGGCCUUCUGCCGCCGAGGCCGCUCCUUCAGGUUUGCGACUUUCCAGCGGGACAUCUGUCGGCGUCCACGUGCUUUCUUCCCCGAAGACUCCCGAGUCUUCUGGCUCCGCGGCUCCUCGUUCUGUGUCACGGUCUCUCGCGUCAUCCUCUUUGUCGGUCUCUUCACCUUCAUCAAAGGGCAGUGCGUUCUUUUUCGCCGAAGAAGGAACAACAGGGAACUCAAUGCAUCCUGCCCUGCCCGGAGGCACCCACGACACUUGUGACGCUUCCCCUUCUCUUUCGCUCUCCCCGUCGCUCAAGGCGCUGUCUGAAAAGCCGGUAGUUCGUCUUGAAAGGCGUUCGUAGACAACCAAGGCGAUCCUGCUUCUUUUGCUUCAACCACUGAAACGACCAGCACUGCCGUAGACGAAGGCCAAGAAGAAGACGAGGACGCAAGAAGGAUCAGCCUCACGAUCUAUCCUCCUUCUUCCUCGACCUCUGAGGCGAAUCUGCCACAGUGGUCUCCAUCGUUUUCAUGGCCCGCAAAUGUCGAUCAGGACCUGUCCUGACACCGCUAGAGCCUGGGACUGAAGCUCGGAGAUAGACCUUUAGAAGAGCCGUUGAGGUCGAGGAAGAGCACGUUGGCGUCCCUCCGCCUUCCUCUGCGUCUGACGGUGGAGUGCACCUCUGGCCGAAUCGCGGAUCCCGCGGCAGAAAGGCCGAGCAAGCAGAUUUUGUCUCUCCAGAGAUCCCCAGGAUUCUUGCGCCCCGUGGGCCUGUGGUCCUCUUAGGGCGACUGGCGGCGUCUUCGAGUGUCACUGAGUCGAAAUGGGAUGUGAAGAGAGAAGCUCGGAUUGAUGAGCGACAGGAAAUCGAAAUCUUCAGACUUCGUCGCCCAGCAUCGUGCCUUUGGGUCCUCCUCCUCUCGCUUUCUCUUUGCGUCUCUCCGGGCGUUGUCUUCUUCAGUGGGGAUGCGGCUAGACGCUGGAGCCCUUCUGGGCCUGGUGAGGCGAAGCGCGGAGACCAGCGGGUACGGGAAAGCGCGAAAGUUUGGAAAGCAAGUCCAGGGAGACAGUUAACUUGUAGGGACAGAACAGAGAAUCUCUGCUGGCGAGUUGAAAAAGGAACUCCCUUCGCUUGGCUUCAAACGAUGCGAGAGUGUGUGUGUGUGGGGGGGGGGGGCGUCUCGGGAGCGAGACGAAGAUGAGGCGGCUUCCUCGGGUGUUUUCGAGGCGGGUGGAAGGGGAACAGCCGCCGGACGUUUCGGACCUUGGAGAAGAAAGAGAAAAGCGAGGAUAGGGCGUCGCAGGAGCAAGAGGACAUCCGACAGUUUUUGCCGCGUCGGCCUUCACUCUUUUUCCUCCGAGUGGGAAGACAAGGAAAGAUAAGAAGGCGAAGCGGCGUCAGAACACAGGACACGAAGAAGGGAAGUGUGAGAGAAAAAAAGGCUGUAAGAAGCAGGGAAGCGAUGAGCAGACUCGAAGUGGCGUUGCUAGUGCUCAUGAAACUGUGAAAGGUGUCUUGCAGGACGGAAAGGACGGCGACAAAAAGAUACAGCUUCGACUUCGGCAAGCUGUCUCCUCCCUGUCGUCUGCUCGACAGAGAAGAUCGAGAGGACGCCAGGAGAGAAAGCGCGGAGUAAUAAGGAGUUAAGAGAAGACCAGUGUGCGUGUGUCGUUCUCGAAGACCGCGAGGUGAACGAAUGUAGAUAUUUUUCUGAGACAGCCUGAAGCAAGCAGCUCCUCAGACAAACGCGGGCCCGCAGGCUCGUUCGCGCAGACUCUGACACUGGCCGGUUCAUCGAACUUCCAAGCGACAAAGUAGCGUCUAGACAGAAGGCUCGGAGCGUGCAGGAGGGAGAGCGAGAAGACCCAGCUCGAAAACGUCUACGCUUGUCUUCAGCUUUGCGACUCUUCUCCCUCCUCGGCUCCUGUCGCCGCCCUUCUCUCUACUUCCUCGUCCUCGUUGGGGAUUUUCGGUGGGGAAGGUGCCGAGGCAAAUGGAGACAAGGACAUGGGACGCGGGUGGGCGCGCGGCAUGCGUUCCAUUUGAAGCUACGAAGAGUGUCUCUCGUCGCAAACAACAUAGAAUGCAAAGCAAAGGGGAGCUCCACCACGGCAGAGAGAAGCCACGGGCAUGCGUCCGUUCCAGCUUCUUCUUCUCUCCCUCUCACACGAUUUCUCGCCCUCAACACAGGAGGAAACUUGUCCUCGUCGGCGACCGCCACCUCAUCCUCUCGGUUUGCUCAGGUGGUCCCCGAAGGCCUGGCGUCGGCGGACAGACAACGCAUGCAAAUCAAACGCGCAGACCAAGAGACAAAAAUGCCGGGAAACAAAGCCGGAAGAAAACCGGGAACUCUGUAGCUUCACUCCAAAGUGAAGGAAAUGAUAUCCGAGUCUUGCGAAUUCCCUUUCGUCAGAAGACAAAAAAACGCAAGACUCGCUCACAAAGGGCUUUUGUAUACUUGCAUCGAAGGAUAUAUAUAUAUAUAUAUAUAUAUAUAUAUAUGGUUCCCAUUUGCACACAUGUAAUGUGCAUUUGUGGACGGGGAUAAGAAAGAACAGAGGGAGCUUCUUGAAUCAGAGGGAGCAGGUGUUCCAGCAGGUUGGGGAUCCCUAGAGAAAGGCAGUUGGUGUCUUUGCAGAAGCGGCUCUUGAAAAAAACGGGAAACAGAGACUCAGGCCGUAGCUGGUGUCUCUUCAUAUAUUAGACCUACACGUAUGUA